AUGCCGAUGCCGCGCCGUCCCAGUUCGUCGUUCCUGGGGGUGGCUCAGAAGACCGCGCCCCGCAUGGUGCACCUGAAGCCGGUGGUUCCGCUGUGCGAUCAGGAGCUCCUGGGCUGGCUGGCGCAGGUGGGGGUGCAAUCGCUCACACGCAUCUCGGAGGAGGAGGUGGCGCUGGAGGUGGCGGACCCAAAGACCAUUGUCGGCCUCGUGUGGCUCCAGGGCUUGAACUUGGGCCCCUUUCGUCUUCAGGUGGCCUUAGACGGGCGUUGGCCAAAGAUCAAGGACUUGGCUGAGCCCGAGACCGUGUGCGACUUCAAUGCGCAAGAGUGCGCCAAGACCCUCAUGAACGAAUUCCUGUCAGAGGAAGCCGGUGAGGCCGCAUGGCCAAAUUUCGGAAGGUGCAGUGAGCGGGGCGUGUGA